GCCCGGCCCCCUGCCCCCUGCCCCCCUCUUGCCACCGUGACUCGGGACGGGACGGGCCGGGCCGGGUGGUGACGCCACCGGGAGGCGGUGACGGCAGACUCCGGACAACAUGGCGGCUGAGUCAUCAGGAGCGGGGCUGUUAGGAUGGCUUCUUAGUUGGCUGCCAACUUGGUGUCCCACGUCUAUAUCUCUUCUCAAGGAUGCAGAGAAUAAGAUGUUACAGGGUGUCAGAAAUAAUUUUACGAAAGAUUUUGUUUCGUUACCAAGUGGCAACAAGAUUUGGACAUUAGUUUUCGGUCAAGAUAUUAAUAACAAAAUUCCACUUAUUCUGAUUCAUGGAUUUGGAGGGGGUGUUGGACUAUGGACCUUAAACUUUGAUGCCCUCAGCCUUCAACGCACUGUAUAUGCUUUUGACCUUGUGGGAUUUGGUCAAAGUAGUAGGCCGCAUUUCAGCAGUGACUCUGAACUGGCAGAAGCUCAGUUUGUGGAGUCUAUAGAGGAAUGGAGGGCAACGUUGGGAAUGGAGAAGAUGAUUUUAUUGGGACACAACUUUGGAGGAUAUUUGGCUGCAGCAUAUGCAAUUAAGUAUCCACAAAGGGUGAAGCACCUCAUUCUUGUUGAGCCAUGGGGAUUUCCAGAGCGACUAAACCACAGUGAGCGGGAACGACCAAUGCCAUUGUGGAUAAAAGCCCUGGGUGCAAUUCUGAGUCCUUUCAAUCCACUAGCUGGCCUUAGAUUGGCUGGGCCUUUGGGUCCAUUUCUAGUUCAGCGAUUAAGGCCUGACUUCAAACAGAAGUUCUCUUCUGUAUGUGAAGAUGAAAAUACCGUCACAGAGUACAUUUAUCACUGUAAUGCACAGACUCCUAGUGGUGAAACGGCUUUCAAGAAUAUGACCAUUCCUUUUGGUUGGGCUAAACAGCCUAUGCUUUUGAGGAUUAAUCAGAUUCAAGAGGACAUCUCCAUUACAGUGAUUCAUGGAGCGCGUUCCUGCAUAGAUGGUAUCUCCAGGAAACAGAUAAAGGCACUAAGACCAAAAUCCUCAGUGAAUGUAGUAGCCAUUCGAGGUGCUGGGCACUAUGUUUAUGCUGAUCAACCAGAAGACUUCAAUCAAACAGUACUGAGAAUCUGCAGUACUGUAGAUUAGUGAUCAGCCAUGAUUGGGAAUGUGUGGUACUGCAGUAACAUGUAGUUUAGGCAGCGCUGGAUACCUAAUGGACUAAUAAUUGGGGAAUACUAGAAAUCUACAGUAUUGUACAUUAACAGAUUCUACUGGGAAUUUUGCAGUCCUGUAGAUCAAUAAUCAGGCAGCAGUGGAUAUUUACUGUAUUGUAGGCAGUACAGCAAAUUUUCUGUACUGCUCAUUAGCAAUUCAACAACACCGGAUAUCUACAGUAUUGCACAUCAACUACACUGAAUAUCUUCAGUACUGUUGACUAACUUAUACAUUUUUAAUUCAAAGUGUAAUAAAUGCAAACAAAAUUAAUAUAAAAUAGUUUAGAAUGAAAGGUAAAAUACAAGGAGGAACUUUGAUGAAAUUAGCAAUCUAAGACUAUGGCAGUACAUUCUGUGUUUGUUAAAAAUUAGUGAACCUUUUUAGUAUUACUAUACCAAAUUUUAUUCUUAAUUGUUUCUACCACAAAGUAUUAUUUUGUGCAAUAUUAAUACUGAUAAAUUAUAACUAAUAACUAUUUAAUAUAUUUGCAUUAUUUCAGUUCACAGUGAUUAUAAAGAUAUUUGUUUUGAUGGAAAAUAUAAACACCAUUGAAAAAUGCUAAUUGAAAUUGGCACUUAACCAUAAUUUGGGUGAUUAUUUUUGAAGCUUGUUUUUCACUACUGUUAUAUUAAUUUACUGUAUGUUUUUUCUUAUAUACUUAUAUUAGCUGCACUCCAGAAAGUACUUGUGAGAUACACAUACACCUUAAGAUUCACGGUUAAUUGCUGUAUUAGUGCUACAUUUUCCUAUCUUUAUUCAAAAAUUAUUCAGUCCUCUGUACCAGAGAUAUAACAUUAUAAGACAUAGGAGCAGAAUUAGGCCGUUCAGCUCCGCUAUUCCAUCAUGGCUGAUUUCUUUUCCUUCUCAACCCCAUUUUCUUACCAUUUUCCCCAUAACCUUCGAUGCCCUGACUAAUCAAGGACCUAUCAAACUCCGCUUUAAAUAUACCCAAUGCCUUGGCCUUCACAGCCAUCUGCAGCAAUGAAAUUCACAGAUUCACUACCAUCUGGCUAAAGAAAUUCCUUCUCAUCUCUGUUCUAAAAACAAGUCCCUCUAUUCUGAGGUUGUGCCAUCUGGUGUUAGACUCCCCCACUACAGCAAACAGCCACUCUAUGUAGGCCUUUCAAUAUUCGAAAGGGUCAGUGAGAUCUCCCCUCAUUCUUCUAAACUCAUCAAACGUGCCUCACAAGUUAACCCUUUCAUUCCUGGAAUCAUUCUUAUGACCCUCAUCUGGGCCCUCUCCAAUGCCAGCACAUCUCUUUUUAGAUAAGGGCUCCAAAACUGCUCACAAUGCUCCAAGUGAUGUCCGACCAAUGCCUUCUAAGGCCUCAGUAAUACAUCCUUGCUUUUAUAUUCUAGUUCUCUUGAAAUUAAUGCUAACAUUGUAUAUGCCUUUGUUAUCACUGACUCAAGCUGCAAGAUAACCUUUGCACUUCUCAUUAUGGAAUUUUCUUGCCAUUUAGAAAAUAGUCUUUAGUCCUCCUACCAAAGUAGGGGCUCUCCCUGCACCUCCACCUAUCUUUGUAUUGUCCGCAAACUUGGCCACAAAGCCAUCAAUUCUGACAUGUCACUUGAAAAGAAGCAGUCCCAACACCGACCCCUACAGAAAACUACUUGGCACUGACAGUAAAUCUACUCAUCAGAAAGCUCAGUAAAAUAUUGAGCGAGGCUAGGGUGAACCAAGUGAAGCCAAUCGGAAGUUCCCUUUGUCUGAUCUAUCCGCUCCGCACCCAGUCGUCUCUGCAAGAAAAACCAGCUUAGCUUUGCACUCUCCCAGUUCUAACUUUGAAGGGUCUAGGACUUGAAAAGAUCUCUAUUUCAGGCCCCGCAGAUGCCUGCUGACCUACUGACUGUGCCCAGCAUUUACCGUUCAGUUAUUAUUGCAGGAAAGUCUCUGAGUCCCACAAGUAGGCUGCGGGCAGGUGGGAUUGGUGAGCGAAGCGCCAGGACUGCUCGGUGUGAUCAUUGCUUGUGGAUAUUCUGCAGCUUGUACAGAUUCUUACCCCAGAAUCUGACCCCUACCUCAGAUCUGACUAAAUCCGUGCUGCAAUGCUCCACUCCUACCUGCUGCCAAUGUCCGGAAAACUUUGUUGCAGGAAGAAUUGUGCAUUGGUACUUUCAUUUGUUUCAUUUUUAAAUAACAGUUUAUUAACAUAAGAGUAUUAGAUCCAUAAACAGAACAAAACUGUAAACCAUAUAAGACAUGCAACGGCCGUAUAACUUACCAAGGGCACAUUGGUAUAACAUGGAAGAAGAUAAAUAGCAGUAUUUUUCAUCUCAUAGACAUAAUGUUGCACACAUAUUUGUCCUAAACUAAUUAUAGGCAGGUUUAAGUGGUUACACAGCUUUGUCACAUUCAAUGAAAUAGGUGACACAAGAAUGCAUUGCUAUAGGUUAGGAAGCAUCCAGAGGAUCCCAAGCCUAUUUCCAUUGUAAACCAGCCCUUUGGGUUUAUAAUGGCUGUGGAACAAGUCUAAAUGAUAAUUAUAUAGAACAGUAAUACAUUAUGGAAUCUGUAUAUAUUUACGUAAAUAUUUUUAUUAUUCUAUACAUGCAUACAGUUUCAUAGAAAAAUAAAUGUCAAAAUGUUAUGCUUACACAGACCAUGUAGCGGAUUGAACGUUUGCUGGUUCCUAGAGAAGUAUUGCCAUUUAUCCCACUUCCUCUCUCAUUUCCCUGUUUCCCUGCAACUAAUUCUCUCUUAAGUGUCCAAUAACUCCCUUUUUGGCACUUAACUACACCAAAGGGCAAUUGCAGUCAUCAGAAAUUGUCUUUGGGGUUGUGGAAGAAAUCUGGAGCACCCAGAGGAAACCAUGUGAUCAUGGAAGGAAUGUGUAUUCUGUAAGUAGAUAGAAUACAAGAUCAAGUUUGAACCCACGUCAUGAGACAUGAGGUGCUAGUUGCACAACCAUGAUACUAAGUGAAGGAUAACAGCAACAUAGUGGUAACGUCUCUGGAUUAUUUAUCCAGAGCCAUGAGUUCAAAUCCCACUAUGACAGCUAAGGAGUUUAAAUAAAUCUGAAUAUGCAUUAAUAAAAUCUAGUCUCAGUAAUGGCAACUAUAAAACUAGUGUUCUCUCAUUGAAAAUACAUAGAAUCCCCAUCAUGGAAAGAAAUCUACUGUCCUUGUCUGGUCUCAACAAAAUGUGUCUUCAGGCCCGCCAAUGUGCAUGACUUUCAUCUACAUUUUAGGGGUAGUUAUAAAUUCCAGCAGCACCACUAUUAUCCACAUCCAGUGAAUGAGCAAACAAAAUAAUGAAUCUUCUAAGUCCAUUUACAUUUGUGUGUACGUAGACUUAGGAAAGUGUUACAUACGUAUUUUCUUUUAAGCUUGCAAAGACGUGUCCAACAGACUAGAAAAUUUGCAACUCUUUAUUAAUGUGCUCAGGAUCCAUUCUCAAGAACUUGCAAAAUGAAUAUUUGAACAGCUAUUUUGUUUUUUUUCCCUUUUAAAAUGCUAUCUAUAUUUCUGAGGUGGGAAUAGAAGUGGUGUAGUGAUGAGAUGGUAUAUGUGUUAUAGUGAACAAAUGCUGCAUCAGAGAAGGUAGGUCAUUUAAGUGAGACUGCAUAAUCUGUAGAGACCUGCUACACGAUUCCCAUUCUUCCUAGUGUGCAGCUGUAAAUAUCAGACCUCGGCAAACAACAGCAACAACCUGCAGCCCAGCCUUUGGAGGGUGCCUGUAUGGCCUUGCAUUUACAGAGGCAUUAGAAACAUCAGUUUAUAAAGAAAAUUGCCUUUUUAUUGAUGGCUUUUAACAGCUUGCUUGUGAGGACCACCUAUGAUUCGGCCAAUGACAGUGGUGGGGCAUCAGCAUCUGGGAGGGAGAUUGAAAAUCUGGUUGAGUGGUACCACAACAAUAACAUCUCAUUCAAUGUCAGCAAGACCAAGGAGAUAAUUAUUGACUUCAGGAGGAGGAAAUUGGAGAUCACUGGGCCAGUCCUCAUCAGGAAAUCAGAUGUGGAGAGGGUCAGCAACUUUAAAUUACCUGACAAACUUAAGUAUGGCAUUGGAGUUGUGCUUAGCCUCACAGUCAUAAAUAUAAAAUGAGUAGAGCAGGGUUCUAAGCAAACAGGCGUGUGGUACACCUGUGCUGAGGGAGAUUGUGGAGGAGAUAUUGUGGCAAAUCCAAACUGACUGGGGUCUGUAAGUGAGGAAAUGGAGGAUCCAGUUGCACAAGGAGGUAUUGAAGCCUGGGUCUUGAAGCUUAUUGAUUUAGGUUUGAGGAGAUUAUAGUGUUAAAUGUCAAGCAGUGGUCAAUGAAGAGCAACUUGAUGUAUGCAUCUUUGCUGUCUGUAUGUUCUAGGAGUGAGUGUAGAGACAAUGAAAUGGCAUCUGCUGUGAUGGUAGGAAAAUUGGGGUGAAUCUAAGUCACGUCUCAGGCAGUAGUUGAUAUGUUUCAUAACCAGCCUCUCAAAGCACUUCAUCACAGUGGAUGUAAGUGCUACUGGAUGAUAAUCAUUGAAGCAGGUCAUCAUGUUCUUCACACCUGAAUUAUUGAAGCCUCCUUGAAGCAUGUGAGUACCUCAAACUGCCAAAGUGAGAGAUUAAAGAUAUCAGUGAACAUUCCAGCUAGUUGAUCAGCACAGGUCAUUAGUACUCAGCCCGGUACCCCAUCUGGACCGGAUGCUUUCUGUGGGUUCACCCUCCUGAGGGAUGUUGUCUUGUUGGCCUCAGAGACUGAAAUCACAGGGUCAAUGGGGGCUGUGGGAACUUGUGAAGGUGUCCCCAUGUUUUGAUGGUCAUAGCAAGCAUAAAAGGCAUUGAGCUCAUCUGAAAGCAAAGCCUUGCUGUCACCUAUGUUGCUUAAUUUCACCAUGUAGGGGGUGAUAACAUUCACAUAUUAAAAUCCUUAAAGAGAUGCCUUUUAAAAAGGAUAGAUGGAAAAGUUUAAAUAGUCCUUUAAAAAGAGAAAUCUUAAAGUGAAGUUCUUUAAAAGGGAUAAAUGGAAAGGUUUAGAGAGGGAAUUUCCCAUCUUAGAAUCCAGUUAGUUGCUGAGCAGAAACAAGAUUAUAUAGGUAUGUGUUUUUACCAUUCAAGCGAGUUGAAUUCAGAAAAUAUUGUACAUACUUGCCUUGCCAAACAACCUUACAACUCUUCCCAAAUAAGCCAUUAUUGCAGUUCCCUGGCAAACUAUUAUACAUAUUUUCAGCCUUGCUGUGAAAUCUUUCAUCUAUACAUGCAGAUUUCACUCUUUUCCACAGCAGCAGGAGAAUUGGAAUCUAUACUUAUACAGGUUUGCGUUGUUUGGCUAAAGAACCAGAGGUGUCUUGAGAGUUGUGAUCUGAAAUCCACUGUCUGAAAGAGCAGUGGAAGCAGAUCAGUAAGAGCUUCCAAAGGGAAUUGCACAGCCCCUGUUGACGGUGCAAUGAGAAAAGAGCAGGAGAGUGGGAUUAAUUGGUAGCUCUGCCAAAGAUUCAGCACUGGUACAAUGGGUCCAAGUUACAUUCUGUCUUAGAGCAUUGGAUGUUCACCUUGAAUAUGUACUAUUUGAGUGCAUAAAGCAUGCUUAAUGAAGAUUUCCUCAGAGUAUUCCAAACUGCAGCCUACAUUCUUUGUAAACUUUCCUCAUUUUAUUUUACAAGUAAGACAGACGAAACCUUCCAUUCAUUAUCACUGUGUCCUUGAACAGCUUAGCAAGAUUUUGUUUUUUCCCCGCUAGGGUUUUGAGUUUUCCACAUUACUAUUCAUGCUGUAGCUUUUGCUAAGCCAAGUCAAGGGAUGCAGUUAGUUGAGCCUUGAUCAUGUUCCUGGAAAGGGCCAACAAAAACCAAAGUGGGAUUUGAGACCUCAUAUUUCUAAAAUGGCGAAUUACUGAAGCUAUUCACUUAUCAUACCAGUUUUAAAUUUUAGUAAUGAUCCUUAAGAUAGGUUUUAGAAGGGAUAUUAAAUAAGACAAUUGGGCUUCACUCAGCGAGAAGGUAGAAGGAAGGAGCAGAGAAGGAUAACUCCUCAUCGCUUUAGCUCCACACAAAAAAAAAUUCUUAUUUAUAAUUCUUAUUCUUAUUUUAAAAAAGGAGGCACUUUUUAAAAAAGGAGGGAGAGAGAAACCGGGGAAUUAUAGGCCGGUUAGCCUAACGUCGGUGGUGGGGAAACUGCUGGAGUCAGUUAUCAAGGAUGUGAUAACAGCACAUUUGGAAAGCGGUGAAAUGAUCGGACAAAGUCAGCAUGGAUUUGUGAAAGGAAAAUCAUGUCUGACGAAUCUCAUAGAAUUUUUUGAGGAUGUAACUAGUAGAGUGGAUAGGGGAGAACCAGUGGAUGUGGUAUAUUUGGAUUUUCAAAAGGCUUUUGACAAGGUCCCACACAGGAGAUUAGUGUGCAAACUUAAAGCACAUGGUAUUGGGGGUAAGGUAUUGGUGUGGGUGGAGAAUUGGUUAGCAGACAGGAAGCAAAGAGUGGGAAUAAACGGGACCUUUUCAGAAUGGCAGGCGGUGACUAGUGGGGUACCGCAAGGCUCAGUGCUGGGACCCCAGUUGUUUACAAUAUAUAUUAAUGACUUGGAUGAGGGAAUUAAAUGCAGCAUCUCCAAGUUUGCGGAUGACACGAAGCUGGGUGGCAGUGUUAGCAGUGAGGAGGAUGCUAAGAGGAUGCAGGGUGACUUGGAUAGGUUGGGUGAG